AUAAUCAAAGGGAGUAUUUCAUUUGUCCCGGAAACUCCCUGCCAGAAUGGCUGAAAAAAAGUGUUCCUGUGAAAAUGAGCUAGAUUCUACGGACGACAGCUUGGAUGAAACUUGUAUUUUCUGUAGGAUCGCAAACGGCGACGAUCCAUACACUGAGAUACUGGCGGAAGAUGAGGAAAUAGUUUGUUUCAAGGACAUUGAUCCAGGUGCACCUCAUCACUACCUGGUUAUACCAAAGCAACAUAUCCAUAGCUGUUUGUCACUCCAAGCAGAUGAUAUUGGUCUAGUCAGGAGGAUGGCAGAUAUGGGAAGAGAUGUGCUGAAAGCCAAGGAUGUUACAGAUAUGGAAGACAUCAGUCUAGGUUUCCAUGUGCCUCCAUUUAUCACCGUCCCCCACCUGCACUUGCAUGUUCUUGCACCUUUCAGUCAAACAUUUAGAUGGUCAAUGGGAAAGUUUACAAGCUUCUGGUACCUCACUGAGGAGAAGAUGCUUCACGAACUGACGAAGAAUAAAAAGUCGGAUGAUCGGAAAAUAACAUGUAAUAAAUGCAUGCGGCCAUGUGAAGCUAUGUGAGCUUUAUGACUGAAGAAACUUGAAAUCACAAGGCACUUUAGUGAAGAUUGUU